UGUAACCACUGCCGAUGUAAUUCACGUUCCCACCUGUAGAGUGCUGAGCGAGCAACUUUAGAGUCAAAACAAUAGUUUCUGGAAAGUCUUAGCUAAACAUGCCAGCUAGCUCACGUUACAUUAGCCAGUUUGUUAGCUAGCUAGCAACCUGCUUACCGUCCAGUCUGACACCCGUAGCGUAUGAUCAGAAUUUUCUGAAUGGCGUGUUUGUCAUUAUGGACGAUUGUAAAAAGUUCUGUUCAUCCCUCUACUUUGCUUUUGAUUUGUUUUAAAGUGCUGGGAUAAUCGCAUUUUGGUAGCUAGUGCUUGCUAAUUUAGCUAGCUAACUGCUAGCUCGCUAACCAUUGGCUCAGACCUUUUCUGCCUGUCGUCCUUUGACUUGGGCCCGAAAAAGUUUACUAUUUUUUUCAGGUCGCUACACGGACUACAUCUAGUAAAACGACAUUAGAAGGUAUCACAUCUAAAAUCAAGACGCCAAGAUGUCGAUAUUAGGCUUAAAAAAGAAACAACCAAAGACUUUCAAGGUUAAAGUCAUUACUAUGGAUGCUGAAGUGGAGUUCAGCUGUGAGGUGAAGUGGAAAGGGAAAGACCUGUUUGAUCUGGUGUGUCGCACGGUGGGCUUGAGGGAAACCUGGUUCUUUGGGCUCAGGUACAUGGUCAAGGACACGUAUGCUUGGCUUAAGACAGAGAAACGGGUUCUAGAUCAAGAGGUUCCGAAGGACUCGCCCAUAACGUUUCAUUUCCUGGCCAAGUUUUUCCCAGAGAAGGUGGAACUGGAGUUGGUCCAGGAAAUAACUCAGCAUCUUUUCUUUCUGCAGGUGAAAAAACAGAUUUUAGAUGAAGAGAUAUUCUGUUCCCCUGAAGCUUCUGUCCUGCUCGCAUCCUAUGCAGUUCAGGCCAAGUAUGGAGACUAUGACCCAAACUUCCACAAGCCAGGGUUCCUGGCCCAAGAUGAGCUCCUGCCCAAAAGUGUCCUGAUGCAGUACCAGAUGACAGCAGACAUGUGGGAGGAGAAGAUCACAGCCUGGUACGCUGAACACCGAGGCAUCGCCAGGGAUGAGGCUGAGAUGGAUUAUCUGAAGAUCGCUCAGGAUCUGGAGAUGUAUGGAGUCAGCUACUUUGCCAUCACUCAAAACAAGAGGGACACAGACCUGCUUCUGGGAGUGGCUGCCCAAGGUCUUCAUAUCUACAGCCCCAACAGCAAACUGAACCCCAACAAGUCCUUCACCUGGAGCGGCAUCCGCAACAUCUCCUACAGCGAGAAAGAGUUCACGAUAAAGCCUCUGGACAAGAAGAUGGAUGUGUUCAAAUUCUACUCAUCCCAGCUGAGAGUCAACAAACUGAUUCUGCAGCUCUGCAUCGGUAACCAUGACCUCUUCAUGCGGAGGAGGAAGGUGGACUCCAUCGAGGUGCAGCAGAUGAAGGCUCAGGCUAAAGAGGAGAAGGCCAGGAAGAAGGUGGAGCGUCAGAUCCUGGCUCGGGAGAAGCAGAUGAGGGAGGAGGCGGAGCGAGCGAAGGACGAGAUGGAGCGCCGGCUGUUCCAGCUGCAGGACGAGGCGCGGCUGGCCAAUGAGGCGCUGCUGCGCUCGGAGGAGGCAGCCGACCUGCUGGCUGAGAAGGCCACCAUAGCGUCCGAGGAGGCCAAGCUGCUGGCCCACAAGGCUGCCGACGCGGAGCAGGAGAGGCAGAGGCUGGAGGUCACCGCCCUCAAGACCAAGGAGGAGAAGAGGCUCAUGGAGCAGAAGAUGAGAGAGGCCGAGCAGCUGGCCGUCAAACUGGUGGAGCAGUCCGAAAGGAGGUCGAAGGAGGCGGACCACUUGAAGCAGGACCUGAACGAGGCGAAGGAUGCUGAGAGGAGAGCCAAGCAGAAGCUGCUGGACAUAACCAAGACCACGUACCCGCUCAUAGCAGCGUACUCCACCCCGCCGCCUCCCCCUGAGACGGGAGACCUGGCCUACGAGCCCGAGUCCAUGAGGCUGGACUUCAAGGACUCCGACAUGAAGAGGCUGUCCAUGGAGAUAGAGAGGGAGAGGCUGGAGUACAUGGAGAAGAGCAAGCACCUGCAGGACCAGCUGAAGGAGCUCAAGUCAGAGAUCGAGUCUCUGAAGCUGGAGGAACAGCAGCAGCAUUCGGCCGUGUACAGCCUCCGCAGUGAGGCCAGAGGCUACCUCCCCGAGCCUCCCUACAUACCCCACAGCAACAGGAACUCGGCCUACAUGGCCCAGAUGGCCUUCUUCGAGGAGGUGUGAUCCAGUACCCCGAGGAGGACACGGACAAAGGGGCGAGGCGUCGACCGUGACCUACUGACUCACUGCUGCUUGCUACCAAGACGUGCCUACUCAUUUCUGAAGAGAAGAAACACCCUUUCACGCAUGCUCCCCGUGUUCCACAGGCCAGACAGACUGCACCGUGGGCUCUCAGUGUGAGAGAACAGGAGAGCCAGUGUGUGGGGAUGCUAGCUCAAAGCUAGGUGUGCAGUCCUCUAUGCUACUGGCUGCCCCUCGGGUUGGUGCUGUGGUCCCAGGACCAGGGUGCUGGCGCUGUGUGCGUAACUGACGCUAGCUGUGACCAUGCGUUAUGGUGGGGUUGACUGAUUAUGCAAGUGAAUGGUGAUCUUUGUAUUUUUAAGGUGUGUUUGUGUGUGUGUGUGUGUGUGUGUGUGUUCCUGACAGCAGUGACAGGAACUGUCUCUCUGAGCUCCAGAUUCAGGGCCCACACUCCAUCCUCCCAAGAAAUAGCGGCGUUACGGCACAGUAUAUUUUCAUUGUUUGUGUUUUACUUGCUUUUUGUUGGUAGCGCUUGAUGCUUGGUACCUGGGCAGCCUUGCCCAACAGUAGCUUUGCAUGCGGCAAUGUAUGCAUCAUGCUUGGCUGUAGAAACAAAUGAACCUAAACAUUCAGCUAAGAUGUAAUUUCAAGUGUUUUUUUAUUAUUAUUAUAAUAUUAUUAUUAAGAUCAAUCGUCGAUGUGCCUUACUGUUUUCAUAUUGUUAAUGUCUUUGUGUUGUUGGGAGGUAGUUUAUGAAGCCCGUUAUGCCAUAGUGCUUUUAAGGGCAGUCUGGAGAGCUUGCUGACACUUCCUGUCCUCUCUCUUCCUGCUCCCCGCAGGGUCUGUGGGCCUACUUCCUGUGUGAGCAGGAAGUAGCCCCCACAUAUAUAGCCCCACCCCAGGCUCAGGUAUAGCAUCUUCCCUGUGUUGCUCAAUGUGAGUAUGAGGUAUGAAGUACCCUGAGCCCUGGACUGUCGUUUGGGGUCUAAGUCGACCAAGAUGAUUAUACUCCAGUCCAGAUAGCACUGCCUGAGAACUUUGACCCUGCCAUAACUUGCCAUAACUAUAUGGGUUGUGUGGUCAGCUUUGUGGAGCAAAGGUAUCUUAUGAGCACAAUUUUAAGUUAUCUUGCUACCACCAAGACGUUGCUGUGAUAGUUGUUUUUUCUUCUUACUAGGAUGCCAAGGUUUUAUCUUUUGAAAAAGGGAAGAGUUUCAGAACAUGCUGGGGUGCAGAGUUCUUUCCAGUAAAGAAGGUUUAAAAAGUCAUUUGAUUAUAAACUACAGUCAAUGUUAGGGGUCAGUCCUGGUGAACCUAUUGAAUUAUAGAUAGACUAACAGUUUGAACUGGCAUUCUCUGGGGAUUGAUCCCAACCUUUUUAAGAUUUGGAUGAGAGCCAAUGCUUGCUGCAUGGGCAGAUGUCCGGAUGGAAAAUUGCUUGGCAGUCCAGGCAAGAUUUCAAGGCUAGGGAUUUGCUCUGUGUUUGUAUUCUUCCUCAACCCACACACUACACACAAGAUACACUACACACACUAUACACAAGAUACACACUAUACAAAAGAUACACUACACAGAGAAAAACACGCCAUGUACGAAGACGUUAUCUGAUUCAAGGGAAGACUGAGGAUGCAAACUACUAAAGACUGGCUCAAACCAGAAACACUACAUUGAUGUGAGUUCUUGCCAUAUAUAUUUUUUUAACUCUUAGCCUACAUUUUGUUAGAAUGGUAAAUGAAUGAGUGGAUUGGAAUAGUUGCGGUUUCAGAUGGUCAAAUAUCCGAGUGCAUCGUCUGUCCCUCAUCCCAGCUCUACACAGCCAGCCCAGUUAAACACAGACGUGUCAGAGAAUUCCACGUUUGUGAAGAUUUCAGUUGAAUGACGGUUGCCGUUUUCGUGGAUGUGGGUGACAUGGUCCUUGCUGUGUGCCUUGUGUCAACUCUUAAUGAUGCCUCGUCACUGUUGUCCACUGUACUGCUUCCCCAUCAGUCUCCUUACUGUCAGCUUACUAAUGAUCCGACCUCAUAGAUAGGGUUAAGCAGCCUUAAUGGUCUUAAGAUGUUCCUGGGUGAAGCAAGUCACACUACCAGGUAAAUGGCACUUCAAUGUGUUUGGUGCCAAGUUGCCAACUGAAUAAAAAUGUCAUAUUUAAAGACAUCAAGGGCUUAGCUAAUGCUUGUGUAUGACUGAAACCUUAUGCAAAUAAACAAAUAUAAAAAAAAAAAAA